AUUUUAGUUUACAGACCUAAAUCCAUCAGUAGUAACUGCAAAAUUCCUCUAGAAACUAGAAACAUCAACAAAAAUGGCCGCCGCAGCUGCUGGACCACCACCACCAACUCCAACACCGAUUCCAUCAAUGACACUACCAGAAAACCCCGCUGCAAACGCCAUUUUCGUCAGAAUCCGAUUAGCUGUACCAACUGAUGUCCCUCAUAUUCACAAAUUGAUCCAUCAAAUGGCAGUAUUCGAACGUCUAACUCACUUAUUUGAAGCAACCCAGGAGAAUCUAACCACAACCCUUUUCAACUCGCCACCUUUCAAAUCGUUCACUGUUUUCAUUCUUGAAGUUUCAAGAUUACCAUUUCCAAAUGAUCGACAUUCUGUAAACCCUAAUUACCCUUCUGUUACUCAGAUGGUGAAUCUUGAUACCAAUAUUGAAGAUCCAGAAGCUCAUAACUUCCAAGUUGAUUCUGAUGUUGUUGUUGCUGGUUUUACUUUGUUUUUCCCAAAUUAUUCAACAUUUUUAGCAAGACCAGGGUUUUACAUUGAAGAUAUAUUUGUCAGAGAAUGUUAUAGGAGGAAAGGGUUAGGGAAAAUGUUGUUAUCUGCCGUGGCUGCUCAAGCUGUGAAAAUGGGGUAUGGACGUGUUGAAUGGUGUGUUUUGGAUUGGAAUAUCAAUGCUAUCAAGUUUUAUGAAGAAAUGGGUGCUCAAGUUUUUCAGGAAUGGAGGAUUUGUAGGUUGACCGGUGAUGCUUUGAAUGGUUGUGGAGGAGGUAAUUAGAGGUUUUUUUAGUUUCAUGUUAUGAAUUAUUAGUCUUCUAAUAAAGUUGGAAGUUUUGUUAUGUUUAGUAUUUCGUGUCUCAUUUGUGACAGUGAAAUGGGAACUAUUAUGUUAAGUAUUAUGUAAUGUUGAAUUAUCAGUCUAAUCCAUUGAUGAUGCAAGUUUGUUGCUACCUUUCUAGUUGAAGAAAUGGGAUGACAUGUUUUAGGUUUUAUGUAGUU